UAGUUUGCUAUGUGUGUAGCACUUUGAUGUCCGGGUUGAAGACAGGAACAUGUGUCUCUUGAGAUUAUUAACAUAGUUAGUAAAUAUCCAGAGAAUUUUAUUUACUCAAAUAUAAAAUAUAUCGUUUAUCUUAUAGACCUAUAUAUAUAUUAUACAGCGUGGAGACGUGCAUGUAGGGAUUCAAGCUUUGAUACAAAGAGGACAGCCAUCAGCAAAUAACGAAAGAGGAAAGUAAAGCAAAUUUCCCAUUUUAGACCUUGUGGUCUAUAGGGCAGAUGAGCCAAUUCAUGAUGGAUCUAGAGUUGGAGGCAAGUUUCUAGACCCAUGAAUGACACAUCAGAGAACACUUAAGAUGUGAAGUACUUUGAUGAACUCAUACAGUCUAAACCAAAAAGUUCAGAUUGAUUACAAAAUGAGAUGUUAAAAAAACAAACCAGGAAGCCUGACACAUUAGCGUUAAGACUUAGAACUAUUCACAGGAUAGCCCGAAACACGGUCGUGCUAUGCUGAUGUGGAAAACAUAUCCAUCUUCUAUAGGCAAGAAGAUGUGUAACAAAGAUACAAGGAGAUUCAUAUCGUCAAAUGCGUGUUUUAAGAAUCUCUUAGUAUGCUUAAUUUCGUAUUAAACAAUUUAUUCGUGUAUCCUGAAUGGAGGUAACGGGUAGCCAAAUAGAGUACAGUUUACCUGACAGUGCUACGGAGUCGAUAAUUAGCAACUGCACUUUAGAAACUGUAGCUGAGUUUAAAGACACAGCACCAAUCUCAGACCCAGGAGAAAUCAGUGAACGCGAUGAGGAAGGCAUUACGAACGUGGGAGUUGACUACGUCAGCCUGGCCAUUGAGUCCAAGAGCGACCUGGGCUCAGAAACAGCUAACAGGAAAUCGAGCGCAAAGGAUUUACACAAGAAACCAAAAAGUCCACGCAAAUAUUCCUUUCAUGUCGGCUGUCUUGUCAUUUCUAUAAUCAGUGUUUCUCUAGUUCUGCUUGCUUACACAGCAACAAAGUUAGUUAUUGGCAGCAUCUAUUUCACAGAUUGUCAAAUGAUACCAGUCCUACCAAUAUACCUGAUUGUUGAUGCCUGUGUUACUCUUGUAUUCUUCACUGUGCCUUACUUCUACACAAGAGGCCACAAAGAAAGGCCCAAAAAUGGACAAUGGAAAUUCCCUGCCAUUGUCAAAGUUGGUUGUGGCCUGACCCUGAUUUUGUUUCUCUUUCACACAGCCUGGCUAAUUUAUGGAACAGUUUUAGUUGUGGACACAAGAAACACAAUGUACAGUUGUACAAAUGCAACAAAUAUGCAGCCAUUACCUGGUUGUCUUAAAUGUAAUGAAACUUUGGCAAAUUUCACACUGAUAAUUGUAGUUGUUCAGUGGGUAAUUGUAGGCCUCAUUCUAUUAAUAGUCACUUUUCUCAGCUGCUGCUUUUUAUGCUCCAUAUGUUUCAAUAAAUAAUUUGUAAAACUUUUAAGUGAGAUCCAUGAGGAGUGAUAUUAAUAAUAGGAGUAUGAUAUGUCCAAACAGUUCAGAAAUGCCUAAAAACUAGUAAUGUGAACUUUUAUCAUCCUCAUUAGUUUAGCAGGAAACUAAUUAAAAAUUAACAACUUGAAAGGUAGUAAUGUAAUCAAAUGGGAGCUAAAAUCAUUAUUUAAAAAAAAAAAGAUAAUUGUAUGCAUAUUUUUAAUAAAAAGUAAAAGUAAGGUUCCCCUUUCAGGCCUUUGCAAUCUAUAGGGUAGAUGAUGUUAAGGGCAUCCAUUUUUUUUGGCCAAUGGUUAAUGAGCAGGGUUCCAUGUGGCCAGCACAAUGAUUAAACGCCUUUACUUUCCCCAAAUAAAUUAGGUACCCAUUAGAGUUGGGUGGACCCUAGAGGUGCCCUAAAAACCCCGUAAUUCAAAAUCCCAGUCUACACCAAGAUUCAAACCCAGGAUCCCCAGGUUCGGAAGCCAAGUGCCUAACCACUCAUGUCUAAAAGAAAGUUCUAACAAAAAUAAUUCAAUGGCAUUUAAUAAGCAAGUGGAGGUUCCUUUAAAAAAAAAUUACCCAUGCAUGUUCAUGAUGUAAGUGAUAAGUUUAUGCUCUAUAUGAAAUAGGAACAAAAGUUUCCUAUGUAUAUUAACUUACUUAAGUCUAAGGAAUAAAAAUAUGAUUAUUAUCCUUGUUUUUUGAAAGUUAUGGUUUAAUGUUUUAUGCAAAUGUAUGUUUGCUGAGUGUCUCUAAAUUACAUAAUUCUAACUAAUGGUGUUAUUCUUGUUUGUGUUAAUGUGAACAUAAAGUUCACUGCAUUUAUUUGGUCAUCUCUAUGGUAUCAUAAGCUUGACUUCAAAGAGGGAUCCAUAUUUCAACUAAAUAUGUUUGUUAGUUGUUUUUUUUAUUUCUUUUAUCUUCUAUUAAUUGGAUGUAAUCUGAGUGGAAUGACAUGCUUGAUUUAGGUUCCAUUUUAAAAAUUCAUCUUAUUCUUUUGUUAGUUGAAAGUAACUUUAAGUGAUAGUAAAGAAGAAACAUAUACACUUCUCUCAAAACUUAUGGAUACAAAAGCUAUCACAAUUAUGAAUGUUUAUAAUUUAGAAAAUCCUUUAUUUUUUAUAACUAUGUACAAUGUCAUUUAACAAACAUUAGCCAACAAAAAUAUUAAAAGCUAAAUGUUUUUGAAGUGAAAUAUUUCACUUGAUAUAAAUAUUUUCAUAUAAAAUAGUGUUUUUGGGUUAAGUCUUUCUAAAAUUCUGUUUCACUGUUUGUAACAUUGAACGGCUUAUUCUAGGAUUUCUGUAGUUUCUCCACCACAGGUACAUGGUUAAAGCAGACAAUGUAUACCUGAAAUAUACCAUUAAAUGUUAAACUAUUCAGCCUACUAAACUGGUUGAAAUCAUCCAUUUGUUCAAUCUGUUUUGUUUGAAACUAUAUGUUUCAUGUACAUUUUAAUAUUAAUUAUAGUGAACAAUUAAUCAAUAAACAAAUAGUGUACAGUAAUUAACAUUCAGAUGACAUGUGAUACUUUGCACAAAUACAUAUAGGAUAUUCAUAGUGGUUAUAUGUAUUUAUAUACUUUCUUUAUUUCUGUAGUUAUGGAAAUUUAACAUUUAUACCAGGGUAACGAAAAAGAAUCAAAUAAAGCCACAACUUUUGUUGUAUGUUGAUACUUAGACAAGAACUAUUCCAAUUGAAUCUGACUGAAGAUUGUUUGGAUUGUUCUGAUUGUUUUUUUCACAAUUUUUAUUUUAUCAAGAAAGAACAAUUUGACUUAAUGCUGUGCUAGUAAUAAAAAAAAAAAAAAAAAGUUACAUACUCAAGACAUAUAGUAGCUUACCA